AACACAUCAAAUACAAACAAUAAGUUAUUUCACAGACAUGAAUUUGCUUCACCACAUUAUACUUUUCUUAAUAGGCCUCGGGACUUCUGUGGCACUCAGACAUGAGAGGUGUUCGUUCAUCGCAAAUCCUGGUCCUUGCAAGGGAAAUUUUGAAAUGUUUGCCUACGAUUUGGAAAACAAUGUGUGCGUAGAAUUCAUAUACGGUGGUUGUGGCGGAAACCCGAAUCGUUUUCAAACUAAAGAGGAAUGCAUACUUCUAUGUAAUGCUUUAGCUGAUGAAGACGACUACUUUCUAGUUAAUACUGACAAAAAUGAACAACAAAUAACAGAUGACACGACGUCAUUCAAUAUAAGCACAUUGUCAGAAAGUUCGGAAAUUAACACGAAAAGAGAAAACAUUAAUUAAGAGGUUAUUAUUUAAGUAAUGAUUUACAACUUACCAUAAAAUCUUGAGCAAUGGCCACGACAUUAAGUAGCUGAUGGUGCCAACACCAUUCCAACAACGAAUUUACUCGAAUUGUCGAUUUCCUUAUAACCAACAGCACUGGUUGUGUGUUUAGCAUACGUAGAUUGCGAUACAAAAUUUCCAGUAUGUCUUCCGUUGAAUCGUUAACAAAAGCUAUUGUAAGGACAUUAUGUGACGGAUUU